AUGGAUGAAUUUACUGUUGGUGUGCUGAUUGAAUGGGGAUUUAAGGAACUCAUCGAUACGUUUAAAGAUGAAGAAAUCGGUAAAGAUGACUUUUUGUCAUUAACGGAACUAAUGGAAUCGAUCAAAUAUACUGAAGCAUCUAUACCUAUUGAAAUUUCACCUUUAGUGCUGGAAGAUCAAAUAAGUAGGUUCAAAAUCUUAAAAGAUUUAUUUUUCUUAAUACACUUGAAUAUUUUUAUUUCAUAUAAAUAUCUAGGUGAGCAUGUAGACAAAAUAAAUAUAUCAGACAUAACAAACUUUGAGUUGCACGAUGUUGAAGGUGUAAAAAAUAACAUUGAUUUAUUUUCCGAUGAAAAUGUAUUUGGUAACACAUCACUGCUUGAAUCUAAUGAUAAUACAAAAAUAUCACUAUUUAUAGGCGGUAGUUAUCAAGAUCCUGGAAAAAAUUUGACCAACCAUAUUGGCACUUCAAAUAAUGACUGCCAUCAAUCAUUAAGUACUGAUGAAAUUGUUGAGGCCAAUAAAGCAAAAGAUUAUAUAAGUAAAAUAUUGAAUAAAUAUAGUGAUGGGAAAGUAGUACUAAAUUAUUAUGAGUCUGUUGGUACAUUAAAUCAAUUCAUUAGAAAUAGUUUAUCUUCCAUCAUUAUUAAACAUGAAAUUCAGCAGUCUAUCAAAAUUGAUAAAAAUAAAUUUACACUAUUAGCAAAAGGCAUUGAACAAUUAUUUCUAAGUGAGACUGGUCAAACCUAUUUUACCCCUUAUUUUAAAGACGGAAAUAAUGUACACCCAAUGCGAGGGAAACUAUAUGACAAAUACUGUAAUCUACGAAAGCAAAUUAAACAAAUAAAUCCAUCAAAGGUUAUUGUAACAACACAGUCGACAGAAAAUGAUAUUUUAAUUGAUGACGAGUGUAAAGAAAAAAUAUUGUGGCUUAAGAACAACACACAACCUACCCUUACUUUACAUAAAUAUUGGACUGAGACAUCAAAUUAUAGAUUGACAAUAAAAGAAAAUUGUAUCGAACUUUAUCCUGCUUUUAAAAGUCCUACUGGUCAUUUAUUAAUUGAGAUUGAUUUCCAGACUUUGUAUCCUGGAAAAGAUAAACUCCUAUUUCAUAAGUUUGAUGUAUUUAAAGUGAAGUUAAUCAAGUAUAUUGAUAAACUAAACAAACGUUUUUCAUUACAAGACGAGUCUACUUUACUUUCCGAACUUAAAACCCAGUCAAGGCCUGGUAAUGAUAACAUAUCUGUUCUUAAACUUUUGCCUCAACUUUUUCAACCAUUAACAAUCAAGUUGGACAAAAAGCGUAAACGAGACGGUAAACAUUCAAUUUGGAGACCAUCAAAGGCUGAACAGGCAGAUUCUUUUGUUUUAUUUAUACCUGAUGUCGCAGAAUUAAGAAAUGUUCAUGCCCAAAAAAUAGAGAAGGCAGUUCAAUAUGGUACAACAUUACAACCAUAUAUAAUAAUUGUUGACAACACUGACAUUUAUGCUGUGAUCAACAGCAUAUAUUACAAGUUGGAAACACCGUUAAAAGCGUUAGAUGUUUGUUACAAAUCAUAUUUUGCUCUGAAUUUAAACUAUCCUCAAGAAAGUGAACAAAUUUGGUUGUUUAUCCAAAACUAUUUCUUUGAUACAACACUCAAGUCCGAUAAACAUGUUUUAUUUGUUAAAACAUUUAUCAACGAUUUAAAAAACAUGUAAGCUGUCACUAGGUAGUAAAUGCCCACUUGUAUUAAUAUACCUACCUAAUAUAAAGUAAUAUAAUACAUAAGUUUUCAAUGUUAUAAAAUAUAAACUUUAUUUAGCUAUAUAUUGCAUAACAUAUGAUAAUUAUUAUAUUCAUAUUUUCCAUUUACUAUUAAAUAUACAUAAGUUUCAUUUGAUUAGGUACCUACCUACUGUUUUUUUUUUAUAUAAAAUUGAAAUUAUUCUUUAAAUAACA